UCACCCCACCGUUGCGUUGCGCCCUGUAGCUCAAUUUAGCGCCACUUAAAGGGCGUGAUCAUGGUAUUUAUUGUUAAACACCUACUAAUUGAAGUCAUCUACAUGCCUAUAUAGUAGUAUCUUGACUGAAAUAGCAAUAUCAAUAGUAGGAGCAAUUGGUUGGAACGACUUGGCGACAUCAUACCAACAACGUCCGGAAUAAAGAGUUCCAUGAUGGCAUCAACACCUUCUACAGUUCGACACGCUCGGCGCGAAGAUGUGCCUACAAUCAUCGAAUUGAUUCGCGAGCUGGCCGAUUACGAACAUGAGCUGGACGCCGUGGAAGCAACUGAGGCUACGCUUCUUGCCACUAUAGCUUUCGCACCUGAUGGCGUUGAAUCCAUCUCUACCGCUCCCAACACCGAACCCACCUCCCCGUCCAGACCUGCGCGGUGUCUCUUGCUCUUUAACGAAGAGGGAAAACCGGCAGGUAUGGCGUUGUAUUUCUACAACUAUAGCACGUGGCGAGCGAAAGCAGGUAUCUACCUCGAAGACCUCUUCGUGCGACCGACAGAACGGAAGAAGGGGUAUGGGAAAAGAUUGUUGGUAGAGUUGGCCAAGGAAGUCGUCGCGACCAAUGGUGGAAGACUCGAGUGGAGUGUGCUCAAGUGGAACGAGCCGAGUAUCAAGUUUUACGAAUCCAUUGGGGCCCAGAUGAUGAACGAAUGGGUCGGUAUGCGCGUGGAUCGUGAGAGGUUGACCAAGUUAGCUAGUUUAUUGGACUGAGCAAUAUUCCACCGGGAACCCCCUAUCUAGGUACCGCAUGGUUCUCCCUUCGAUGGUGAUACAUGCCCCGAGAUAAAAUCUACUAGGGCGAGAAUGAGAAUCCUCAUAGAAUCAAACUGUAGCCGCACGGAUAGUGCUCUGUAAGGGCCGGCCUUUUGCGUCCAGACCUUGGAAAAAUUGCAUGUCUUUCUUUCUGGGAAGAGGAAUCGCUUUCUUUUCCUGGCCCCACGCCACGACCCAUUUCCCAGAUCGAGGAUUUUGUUCUAUCGUUGGGGUUGCUCCCCAGACGCGAGCAUAUAUACUGCGACGUAGUCUCCUUCCGCCUAGCACGCGCACGCCAAUUGCUCGUCCGUGUCCUCGUGGGUCUUCAUCUUCCUCGCCGGUGAGACUCUUCAUCUUCCGAGAGUUUCCCCUCUCUAGUGAACGCACUGGCUUGGUAACGAAAUCUGUCCAGGACCAGCUAUCUCCGUUGUCUGCCGAGUUGGCUGAGGAUGAUUGCGCAACUGGCCUCCUUGGAGGCAGCGUGUAAUGCUGAGCAUCAGCUUCGCCUCUUGCUAAAGUGCCAAGAUGAUUCCAUUCUUCACGUGGCAGCGGCACUGCUAGCUGGCGAAGGACACCCGCCCAAUGCUUCUUUAAUUUGUUUCGUAUUAGCUUCUGGGAAAGCGGUCGGCCGAAACAGUUUUCAGUGGGGAGGACUUUUUU